AAGCACAGAGUGUUGUGCAAUUAUUCAUGUCAUGGAUUUCAUCCUAAGCAAGUGCGGAAAAAAAAAUUUCACCCCCCAUAAAAGCAGAAAGAAAGUAUAAUAUAAACAUCAUUUGCUACAACACUUUUUGGGUGACUGAUUCCCACUCUCCUUGAGAUAGCUAGCCAUAAAAAAGAAAAGACCCUUCUCUUUCUUUCUCUCUCUCUCUCGCUGAUCUCUCUCUCUCUCUUGCUAUUUUUUUUUCUUCUUUCUUCUGCUUCCAUGAGAGAGGAGCCAUGAAAAACACCAUAAGAUGCUGCAUCUCUUGCAUUCUACCAUGUGGGGCGCUGGACGUGAUUCGCAUAGUGCACUGCAACGGCCGGGUGGAAGAGAUCAGCGGGAGUAUCCGGGCUAGCGAGAUCAUGAAGGCUCACCCUAAGCACGUGCUGAAGAAACCCUCUUCGUCGUCGGAAGACGGGUGUGUGCCGAAGAUUGUGAUAGUCCCGCCGGACGCGGAGCUUCAGCGCGGGAAGAUAUACUUCCUCAUGCCGGUGCCGUCAACCCCGGAGAAAACCCGGUCGAGAUCAUCGACGAGGAAGAAAAAAAGAGAGGCGGCCGACAGCAACGCGAACAACAACAACAACAACGGCACGUCGCCGACGUCGGCCAUGACAAACCUUUUGAUAUCUGAUAGGUAUUUGACUGAAAUACUGUCGGAGAAGAUUUCCACUCAGAGGGAUCGCCGGCGAGGCCGUAUCGGGGUUUGGAGGCCUCACUUAGAGAGCAUUUGUGAGUCACCAGCUGAUGUUUAAUGGCGGAUUUUUCUUCUUCUUGUGAUUCAUUUUAUAAAGCUCCAUUUGUUUCUUCAACAUGUUUUCAUCCUUCUUCUUUUCUGUCUUUUUUUUUUUUUUUUUUUUUUGGGUUGUAUAUAUAGGCAUAGAAGAGAAGAAAAGAAAAGAAAAAAUAAAAAAAAAUAAUGCAAUAGUUGUAUCAUGGUAUGGAAAUUGUGAAGGAGAAUGAUAUGAUAUGAGCAGUUUUGGUAAGGAUCUGGGCAUCCGAUGAAAAGGCCAUAAAAAAAGGUUGCGGUUACAUGAAUUUGGAUUGUAUUGAGCUUCAUAUGUCUGUAUUCAUAAAUUCAAAGGCUGUAAUUUUUGUGGGGUUUGUUUUGAUUUGUAGUUGAAAGCCAUUUAAGGUGAAGAAACUGUUAUUGGGAGAGACCCACUUCUACUGUUUGAUGUUUUAGCAUUGUUUGAAUAAAAUCCUGGAACCUGAUUGUGCUAU